AUGGGCCGUGGAAGAAUAAGUAUGGAACUCAUUCAAAAUGAGAAGGCAAGAAAGACAACAUUUCAAAAGAGAAAGAAUGGAUUGAUGAAAAAAGUGAAUGAAUUUGCUAUUCUUUGUGAUGUUGAUGUUUGUGUAAUUCUCUAUGCUCCAAACUUUGAAGGUCCAGGAUAUGUUGGACCUGAAACAUGGCCUAAAGACCCAAAAGAGGUACAAAGAAUUCUUGAAAAGUACUAUAACACGACGAGCGAUAGGCGUCCUAAGAUCUACGAUGUUCAUGAAUAUUACAAAGAGAGAGUGAAAAAAGUUGAAUUCGAGAUUUCCAAAGUGCGCAAAGAUAGGUUAAAGCUCAUGUAUCCAACUUGGGAUGAGUCUUUCAAUUCUAUUGGAGGGGAAGACGUGAGGAUGCUUGCUAGAAUAUUGGAUGCUAGGCUUGAUGCUUGUAAUCUAAAGAUGAAUAUGCUAAAAGGAGAUUUUAAGGAAAAAGCAAUAGUUCAAGAACCACACAAGUUUGAUCAACUUAUGAACACUCCUUACAUUGCUUCAAAUUCAAGUAACUACUACCAUCUCAUGCAAAACAGCAUGUCUCAACCACAAAUUUACCCUCCAUUGAUGAAUAUUAAUGAUAAAAACCUAAACUCCUUAGGGUUUUUUCCAUUUCAAAUCGGGCAAAGCUCGCAAUCUUCUUCUAUGCUUACCAGUGCACAAGGUUGUUCGUAUCAGGUCGAACCUAUGGAGGGUAGAUAUAUGCAACCUUAUCCAUAUAAGAAAAUGGAUGCUAAUUGUAUGAAUUGGGGGAAUCAAGUUAGUGCUAAUGUUACUUAUGAUCCAAGUAUCGGCACGAUGAAGAAUAAUGAAGCUGAAAAUAAUGAAAACUUGUUACCAUACUAUUACAAUGGAAAUCCAAUGCAAUCAUAUCCUAUUGCUAUGCAUACUCUUCCUUAUCAGAAACAUCCAAACCUACCUCAUGGAUAUCAACUUAAUGGAUACUAUGAUAUAGAUUUUCUUCAAGGUCAUCAUAUGUUUAACUACAUGGAUGGAAGGAAGUAG